CCCUAACUUGUCGCCGGGAGUGCGAUUAACACUAAGACUCCCAGAAAGAUAACAGGAGAGAGAGAGAGAGAGAGAGAGAGAGAGAGAGAGGUGUCUCUGUGGUUGACAAACUCUCUUGCACUUAGAGUGACAGAUAAGUAGUUUUCUUUUUUUCUUUUUUUUUUUAAUUUCUUUGCCUGAAACUUUAAAUCUUUAAGAAAGCUAAAGGGCAUGAUAAUCGUAGGAAAUGAUACUGGGUUUUUGGAAAUGAAGUGAGAGAGAAGAGGGAAGAGAGAGAGAGAGAGAAAGAGAGAGAGAGAGAUGGUGGGCUCAGGUAGGGGAGGAGGAGGAGGAGGAGAUAGAAGCAAAGAUGCUGUAGGAAUGAUGGCACUUCACGAAGCACUUCAAAGCGUCUGUCUCAAUUCAGACUGGACUUACUCUGUAUUCUGGACCAUCCGUCCUCGCCCGAGGGUUCGUGGUGGUAAUGGCUGCAAGGUCGGCGACGACAAUGGCUGCUUGAUGCUGAUGUGGGAAGAUGGGUUUUGCCGUGGAAGAACUGGGGAUUGCCUUGAAGACAUUGAAGGCGAAGAUCCUGUCCGAAGAGCUUUCAGCAAAAUGUCCAUUCAGUUAUAUAAUUACGGAGAAGGAUUGAUGGGUAAAGUUGCAUCUGAUAAAUGCCACAAAUGGGUGUUCAAAGAGCCGUCUGAAUGCGAACCCAACGUCUCCAACUACUGGCAGAGUUCUUUCGACGCCCUUCCCCCAGAAUGGACCGACCAAUUCGAAUCGGGCAUUCAGACCAUUGCUGUCAUACAAGCCGGGCAUGGCCUUUUGCAGCUGGGUUCGUGCAAGAUCAUACAGGAAGACCUCCAUUUCGUGCUGAGGAUGAGGCACACGUUCGAGUCGUUAGGCUACCAAUCAGGUUUUUACCUCUCGCAGCUCUUCUCUUCUAACCGGACAUCGCCCUCUCCGUCCUCUGUCCCGGCCAAGCCGUUCUCUCUACCGAACCAGCAGCCUCCUCCCCCUGUCUUCAACUGGGCCGGUCGGACCGCCGGUUCGUUGCUUCCUUCGCCCUCUUUCCACGACCCGUCAGCCACGGUCGGAGGGUUCAUGCAGGAGGGCACUGCCCAAAUCCUUCCGACCUCGCACGACAACAGCAUGAUGGAGGAGAACGAGAACGAUAUCAAAUGGCCGAACGGUCUAUCUUUGUUCGACGCUCUAACGAGUCACGUGGACGAGUCGACUCGGCUCUUGUUUAACCACCCGGCGAGUCUCGAAGGGAAAGAGCUUACACUUAACCCGAACCGGAACGAGUUCUCGAGCCUUGACAGUGACAGUCACCAUCCGAAGAUGGAGACAAAGUUCAGAAGAAGCUAUACGAUGCCUCCGAGAAUGGACACGUCUUCCCCGUCGGCCUCGUUCGAUCAACACCAGCCUCUUGAGUUCAGGAACCCCGACGCCGGGAUGUUCUCCGAUGUCAUGGAAACCUUGAGGUAAUAUCAAGAAUUUUAGAAGGUUCUUUUGGGAAGAAUUUGAAACAGCGAAAACGAGAAAGAAGAAGAAGAGUAUGGUCUUCUGUUUAGUUUUUAGAUCUUGUCUUGUUGUACUCCAUCCACUACAUAAAGGUGCCAUGUUCUUUGUUAGUCGUUUUACUUCUUGUUCUGAUCAUUUUGUGCUUUUUAGUCACUUCAUGUUCCAUUUCUAUGGACUUAUA